UCUCCAUGGACGAUGAGGCCGGCCGGGCACUUUCAAAAUGGCGGCGUGCGGAGCGAGCGGCAGCGGGAGCAGCGGAGACAGCCUGGACAAGAGCAUCACGCUGCCGCCCGACGAGAUCUUCCGCAACCUGGAGAACGCCAAGCGCUUCGCCAUCGACAUAGGUGGCUCGCUGACCAAGCUGGCCUACUACUCCACUGUGCAGCACAAGGUGGCCAGGGUGAGGUCUUUUGACCACUCGGGAAAGGACGCAGAGCGGGAACACGAGCCGCCCUACGAGGUGUCGGUGCAGGAGGAAGUCAGCGCCCGCCUGCACUUCGUCAAAUUUGAAAACACCUACAUCGAGGCCUGUCUGGACUUCAUCAAAGACCACCUGGUUAACACAGAGACCAAGGUCAUCCAGGCGACCGGGGGCGGGGCCUACAAGUUCAAGGAGCUCAUUGAGCAGAAGCUGCAGCUGAGGGUGGCCAAGGAGGACGUGAUGAGCUGCCUGAUCAAGGGCUGCAACUUCGUGCUCCGGAACAUCCCGCAGGAGGCCUUCGUGUGCCAGCAGGACACCGACCCCGAGUUCCGCUUCCAGACCAACCACCCCAACAUCUUCCCCUACCUGCUGGUCAACAUCGGCUCUGGGGUCUCCAUCGUGAAGGUGGAGGCCGAGGACAGGUUUGAGUGGGUCGGCGGCAGCUCCAUCGGAGGUGGCACCUUCUGGGGACUCGGAGCUCUGCUCACCAACACGAAGAAGUUCGAUGAGCUGCUGCAGCUGGCCUCACGAGGCCAGCACGCCCACGUGGACAUGCUGGUGCAGGACGUGUACGGUGGCGCCCACCAGACCCUGGGGCUGAGCGGGAACCUUAUUGCCAGCAGCUUCGGCAAGUCGGCCACUGCCGAUGGAGAGUUCUCCCCGGAGGACCUGGCCAAGAGCCUCCUGCACAUGAUCAGCAAUGACAUCGGGCAGCUGGCUUGUCUGCACGCGCGGCUGCACGCGCUGGACCGCGUGUACUUCGGCGGCUUCUUCAUCCGGGGCCACCCCGUGACCAUGCGCACUGUCACCCACAGCAUCAACUUCUUCUCCAAGGGGGAAGUCCAGGCGCUGUUCCUAAGGCACGAAGGCUAUCUGGGCGCCAUCGGGGCGUUCCUGAAGGGAGCUGAGCAAGACAACCCCGACCAGUACAGCUGGGGUGAGAACUACGCGGGCAGCUCGGGCCUCAGGAGCACCUCCCCGGGGCUCUGCCCCGCGCAGCGGGCCCGCAGCGGCACUUUUGACCUGCUGGAGAUGGACCGGCUGGAAAGGCUGCUGGUAGACUUGCCACUGCUCCGGGACCCGGCCUCCUAUGUGCCCGACACGGUCGACCUCACCGAUGAUGCCCUGGCCCGCCAGUACUGGCUCGGCUGCUUCGAGGAGGCCCUGGACGGGGUGGUGAAACGUGCCGUGGCGAGCCAGCCUGAAGCCCUGGAUGCAGCCGAGCGGGCCGAGAAGUUCCGGCAGAAGUACCGGGACAAGUUGCAAGUGCUACGCCAGCAGCCCUGCGCCUACGGGACCCUGACUGUGCGCAGCCUGCUGGACACACGGGAGCACUGCCUGAACGAGUUCAACUUCCCAGACCCCUACUCCAAAGUGAAGCAGAGAGAGAACGGUGUGGCGCUGCGCUGCUUCCAGAGCGUCAUCCGCGCCCUGGACGCGCUGGCCUGGGAGGAGCGGCAGCUGGCCCUGGUCAAGGGCCUCCUGGCCGGGAACGUCUUCGACUGGGGCGCCAAGGCCGUGUCUGACGUCCUGGAGUCCGACCCCAAUUUUGGGUUUGAAGAAGCGAAGAGGAAGCUGCAAGAGCGGCCCUGGCUUGUGGACUCCUACAACGAGUGGCUUCAGAGGUCAAAGGGGCCCCCUCAUAAAUGUGCCUUAAUUUUCGCAGAUAACAGUGGAGUAGACCUCAUUUUGGGAGUCUUCCCCUUUGUCAGGGAGCUACUCCUUAGAGGGACUGAGGUCAUCUUGGCGUGCAACUCGGGCCCUGCCCUCAAUGACGUGACCCACAGUGAGUCCCUCCUGGUGGCCGAGCGCAUCGCGGCCAUGGACCCCCUUGUGUGUGCGGCGCUCCGAGAAGAGAGGCUAAGGCUGGUGCAGACCGGCUCGAGCUCCCCCUGCCUCGACCUCAGCCGCCUGGACAAGGGACUGGCCGCGCUGGUACAAGAGCGUGGUGCCGACCUGGUGGUCAUUGAGGGCAUGGGCCGGGCCGUGCACACCAACUACCACGCCGCCCUGCGCUGCGAGAGCCUCAAGCUGGCCGUGGUCAAGAAUGCCUGGCUGGCCGCGCGCCUGGGCGGCCAGCUCUUCAGUGUCAUCUUCAAGUAUGAGAUCCCAGCCAAGUAAGGGCCGCCCUGCCCGCCG